AUGAGCGACGAGGGCAGCAAGCGGUCUAGCCGGGCGGACAGCCUCGAAGCUGAGCCACCUCUACCCCCGCCGUCCCCACCCCCGCCUCCGGGAGAGUCGGCCCUGGUCCCCACCUCCCCACGCUACCGGCCGCCGCUGCCCGCGCCUCUGGAGCGCAUCGUAGGGUCGGGCGAGCCGCCGGUAGAACUGGCCGCUCGGCGCAAGGGCGCGGGAGAGCCUCUACCGCCGCUGCCGCCGUCUCUGUUGCCCGGCGACCAGGAGGUGUCAGCGGCGGGCGACUCCUGCGAAGGUCCUAGGCUCCUUCCGGAGGUGAAGGUCCCCGAGGCUGCGGCGGGGAAAGGCAGCCCGGGGGAGCCCGAGGCCGGCGCGUGCGGGGAGGGCGAGCGGCGAGGCACCGGAGACCAGCCCGAGACACGCUCCGUGUGUAGCAGCCGCAGCAGCAGUAGUGGCGGCAGUAGCGAACAGCGCUCGGGGCAUCAGCACCAGCACCAUCAGCCCAUUUGCAAGAUCUGCUUCCAAGGCGCAGAGCAGGGUGAGUUGUUAAAUCCCUGCCGAUGUGAUGGGUCUGUUCGGUAUACACAUCAGCUGUGUCUUCUAAAGUGGAUCAGUGAGAGGGGCUCUUGGACCUGUGAGCUGUGCUGUUAUAGAUACCACGUCACAGCCAUUAAGAUGAAGCAGCCUUGCCAGUGGCAGAGCAUUUCUAUAACACUGGUUGAGAAAGUUCAGAUGAUCGCUGUAAUCCUAGGAUCCCUGUUCUUGAUAGCGAGUGUGACUUGGCUCCUCUGGUCAGCCUUCAGCCCCUAUGCAGUGUGGCAGAGGAAGGACAUCCUUUUUCAAAUCUGCUAUGGAAUGUAUGGUUUUAUGGAUCUAGUAUGCAUAGGCCUCAUUGUGCAUGAAGGAGCUGCAGUUUACAGAGUGUUUAAGCGAUGGCGAGCUGUUAAUUUGCACUGGGAUGUAUUAAAUUAUGACAAAGCCACAGACAUUGAAGAAAGCAGCCGAGGAGAGUCUUCCACAAGUAGGACUUUGUGGUUACCAUUGUCAGCUCUGAGGAACAGGAACUUGGUCCACCCAACGCAACUAACCUCACCACGGUUUCAGUGUGGCUAUGUGCUGUUACAUCUAUUCAAUCGGAUGAGGGCCCAUGAAGAUGUAUCAGAAGAUAACGGCUCCGGGGAGGUCGUGAUGAGAGUGACGUCUGUGUGA